AUGCCAAAGCAACAAUUUGAAAUCAUCGACUACGCGGCUCCGUUGUUCGUUGGAGCAGCUUUUGCACUCGUUGUUUUCUUGCUCACAUUCUUUAUUAAUUUCGCGUUUAUUGGAAGAACCGAUGAGGUCACUGCAUUUGAGAAGCUCGGUGCUCGAUACAAUCUCCGCGUUGGACCACAUCGUGUCUCCCUCGUGAAGUCUGCUAUGGAAAAACACGUGGAUGAGGAUGGACAUGAAUAUUAA